AUGGGACUCGGAGGUAGUAGACGUAAUCAACAAAUGUAUGAUCCAUACUAUUCAGGAUUGGGCUAUUAUGAUCCUUAUUACGGAGCCGAUCCAUCGUAUACGACAACAACUAUCUAUCCUCCAGCUCCCAUCGCUCCCAUUGGCUUAGGUCUUCCUAAGAUCCGUGCCAUCUUCAUGCCUCAACCUUCUAUGGGAUUUGCAGCAAUGCCAAUGCCUAUGGCUAUGCCCAUGCCAAUGCCUGCACCAAUGCCAAUGCCUAUGCCAAUGCCAAUGCCAAUGCCAAUGCCAAUGCCUGCACCAAUGCCUAUGCCUAUGCCAAUGCCAAUGCCUGCACCAAUGCCAAUGCCAAUGCCAAUGCCAAUGCCAAUGCCUAUGCCAAUGCCUUGUGCAGCACCAAUGCCAAUGCCUAUGCCAAUGCCAAUGCCUGCACCAAUGCCAAUGCCAAUGCCUAUGCCAAUGCCAAUGCCUGCACCAAUGCCAAUGCCAAUGCAUAUGCCAAUGCCAAUGCCUUGUGCAGCACAAAUGCCAAUGCCUAUGCCAAUGCCAAUGCCAAUGCCUGCACCUAUGCCUAUGCCAAUGCCAAUGCCUACGGGUUGUUGUGGUGCUGGUCUCGGCAGUUAUGGCGGUGGUUUUGGAAGUGGUUUUUCAAUGCACGGUGGCGCUGGUGGCUUGGGAUCUUAUGGCAGCUUUAGUGGUGCAUUCCCUGCUGGAUUCGGUGGUGGAUUCGGUGGUGGAUUCGGUGGCGGAUUCGGUGGUGGAUUCGGUGGUGGAUACGGUGGUGGAUUCGGUAGUGGAUUCGGUGGUGGAUUCGGAGGAGCUUGUGCACCAUUAGCAUUACCAGCUCCAAUGCCUGUUCCUCAACCAAUGCCUGUUCCUCACCCAGUUCCUGUUCCUGUUCCUGUUCCUCAACCAGUUCCUGUACCGCAACCAUAUCCUGUGCCACAACCAGUUCCUCAACCAGUUCCUGUACCACAACCAUAUCCUGUGCCACACCCAGUUCCUCAACCAGUUCCUGUACCACAACCAUAUCCUGUGCCUCAACCAUAUCCUGUGCAUCAACCAAUGCCUUUACCACCACCAGUUGCACCUGGACGUUCGCUUUGCUGCUGCAUGCCAAUUGGUCAAUAA